AUGGCCGCCAUUGUCCCGAUCUCUUGCAACCAGCGUUGGCGCAGUCGCUCUCGCAACGCCAGCACGGACUCGGAUUUCCUCGGCAUGGUGCCUACCUCUCCUUCGGUCAUGGGUGAGCUCACCAUUAUCCCGGUGGAUGAAGCUGCGUACGAAGGCGACGACGAAGACAAGGGCGUCGAGCGAGUCGAGUCGCCGCACAACCUCGUCAUGCCCCGCGAGUACGCGGCUCAAGAACCGGCGUGGCCCGUCGUGCCGUCUAACAACGCCAAAGCCAUGGAGAGGCGGCGUGCGAGCGGCUUCUAG